CGCUGACGAAAGCAUCCAUUCGACGCUUUUUCAAGUUUUUUGAGGUUCAGGCCUCAUCCGACCAUGAUGCAUGAUGUUGCUGCGAUCAUGUCCUCUACUCUUGCUAGCACAACAACUACUAGUACUCCUGCCACUACCAGCCAUGAGGAAGGACAUCAGCAGCAGCAGGAAAAUGACGCCACGGAAGAAGAAGCAGUGGUGAAUCCGUGUUGCUGUAGCUUUGCCGUGACGGGCGCCCAACCGACGUAUCAAUCGAUUUUUGUGUGUGAAACAUGUUGUUCCAAUAAUCCAUCCGGCGGUCUGUUGUGUGUCUGUGAAGCCUGUGCGAAUCAUUGUCACCAGUGGCACGAUGAGAUCAACUACAUUGGAAUGGGCAAGGCGUACUGCGAUUGUGCACAGCUCUUGUCGUGCAAGUUGAAACAUUCAUCUCAGAAAUUGGUCCAAGAAUGGAAGCUGCCAGAACUCGUGCACACCACCGUACAAGACACUACAAAAUCAUCGUCCCUUCCAUUUGCCGUCAAUGUCUUUUCCAUUGCAGAAUUGACGUGCAAUACUGAUGUGUUGGUGGAACAAGCUCAAGAAUUGGUCCACCACAGCAAAGACACGUUUUGGUUGGGGCAGGCAGAUGACGAGGAUGAUCAAGAAUUAUGUCCAUUGGAACAAUUGGCAUGGCGAGUAUUCCAACAACAUGUACAAUGGUACGGCAUCGAAGUUCAGGACUCUGGUGGGGCCGAAUGGUGGGUCCAAGUCAAAAAGACGACUCCAGACAACAACAACGAUACGCUUGCUCCCAACGAUAGCACUACAAAUGGCAGUGCAGGCAAUAACAACAACAACACAACUGCCAUUGAUCUCCACUAUGACAAGGACGAAGUACUGGCCGAAAAAUUCGGAUUGGGGGCCUUUCCCACGCUUUCCACCGUCACCUACCUUACUGGAGGAAACAACAACUCUUCCAAUCCCACUGUCAUUUUCGAACGUACCUACGAACAAGACGAUGAAGAGGUCAUUCCCAGCAUGCUCGUCAGUCAUCCAAUACCCGGAAAACAUCUCGUCUUUGAUGGACGUCUCUUGCAUGGGGCACCAUCACAUCCCGCACUGCGACAGUCUUAUCAGCCAAAAGAACAAAACAACAAUCGAGACACGACGACAACCACCAAUGGGGAUCAUCACCCUAGGAGUGGUACCACCAUGAGAGUAACGUUUUUGGUCAACAUUUGGCCUCGUUGGAAACCAGCCGGUGUCCAUCCCCUUCCUAACGCCAUUCGAACGGCCCUCCUGUCCCAGCAUGAUCAGGACAACGCUAGUAGUCUGCCUUUUUCGUUGAUCUCCUCGUUGGAAUUCACCCAACAAACCAUUCCCGAAGUGGUCUUGGAGGACGACACGGCGGCACUAAAAGACGCCAACGCCAACGAAACAAUCCAAGAGGACACAACAGCAAACACAACAAUGAACAACAAUCCACGCAUCGAAUUGCCCUUUGUCUGCAAGGGAAUCACCUGGGAAAGUGAAGACGAAGAGAGCGGAGGACUCGUACUCGUCACGUGUCCUCCUCCUCAACACCACCAGGAUACUCUUUUCGUGCGAUUCCCACCGGGAUUACAAGCCUACCUCGAAACGCAAUACUCACAAGACGAACCACCACAUGAUAACGAACUACCGCCAUCCCUAGUGGAUGGUGCUGGUUACGAAGAAGCCUACGUGUGAGAGAAGAAUAGUCAAAGAGUCCAUUCAUCACCAAGGGGAGGGCUCAAAUUGUUGGAGUUUAGGAAUUCGAAUGGAAGCCAUCAAUCAUCUUUUGCGCUGCCAUCGGCAAACAGGAAGCAUAAAUUUGCCAAUCUGCAUACAGUACCGGUGUAAUAACAUGGUGCGCCGUGGAUUCGACUGAAUUCAAUUCGUCCACGAAACAGGAAAUAAAAGAGGCUUCCCGCCUCCACAAGCCGUUCACACUUUUAAAACGAACGACUGUAGAGCUUUCGGAUAACUACCGGUACCGUACGUACUAAAACCUAGACUAAACCUCUUUGAUGGGUCAAUCUUUUUUAUAAUCAUAACUACUUGAACUCUUUUCUACAUUUAAAAUCCUAUUUUCUACCUUA